UAAAAUAAAACAGUACUAGUAAAUUCUUUUGAUUGUUGUUGUUGGUUCAGUCUUAAGAGAGAGAGAGAGAGACUUGUUGUCUUCGCGAUGUCACUUUCUGUCGGCCUUGUCUGCGUUCCGACACAAGACUUGCUUUCUUAUUCACCUUCGAGUUCUAGAAACUGAGGCGGAGAUAGAUUUGAUGUUUCAAACCUCCUCUUCUUCUUGAACUCUCCCCUUUUUAACAUUUUCAAAAAACCAAAUAUAUCUUCUUAAGAUUCUUGAUUUUGCUUGUGAUAUGCAAUCGCCGAUGAAGUUUAACGCAUGGUAGACAAAGUUUGGAGCAUCGCUGAGAAGCUAUUUUGUUUACAAAUGUCAGCCGUUCCUCCUGCAGCAGCCAUUGGAGGUGCUGUUGGAGCUCUUGCAUUGAUUGCUCUCUUGUUUUUCCUCCUAUGGUUUUGCAUCUUUCGUCGCAAGAAUGCAUCAAGAACCUCUGAGAGUACAGACUCUUCUGAUCCAUCAACUCAAGGAAGAAGUGUUGCAAUAGACUUGUCGAUGAGAGAAGCAAGAAGUUUUAAAAUGGAGGAACUUGCUCAGGCCACCAAGAGUUUCACCAACAAAAGCCUUAUCGGUACAGGCAAAUUCGGCGAUGUUCACAAAGGUUUGCUUCAAGACGGUGUUCUUGUAGCCAUCAAGAAACGUCCCGGCUUGCCAUCACAAGAGUUCGUCAACGAGGUUCGUUAUCUAUCCUCUAUCAAUCAUCGUAAUCUUGUCACUCUUUUGGGUUAUUGCCAAGAAAACAACACGCAGUUUCUUGUCUACGAGUAUGUUCCUAAUGGAAGUGUUUCCAGUCACCUGUACGGUGGUAAAGUACCGGGAAAUAGACUAGAGUUCAGAAACAGGCUUGCAAUAUCUAUAGGAGCAGCUAAAGGCUUGGCACAUCUUCACUCACUGAGUCCUAGGUUGAUACACAAGGACUUCAAAACAGCUAAUGUUCUUGUGGAUGAGAAUUUCAUUGCUAGAGUUGCGGAUGCUGGAGUCCGUAACUUCUUGGGAAGAGAUGAUGUUGUUGUUGCUGGUACAUCGUCUCGCCUUGAUGCAGACCACAUUUUCCUCUCUCCAGAGGUUCAAGAGUUCGGAAGAUUUUCGGAGAAGAGUGAUGUCUAUGCUUUUGGGGUGUUUCUCUUGGAGUUAGUAAGUGGAAGAGAAGCAUCAGAGCCAUCCCCUUCAAGCUCAACGCAAACUCUAGUCGAAUGGAUGCAAAACAUAAGGGAUUACACGGAUAUACCAGCAAUGAUCGAUGAGAGACUAGGUGGUACAUACACAGCAGAAGGAGUGGAGGAGGUUAUUACAUUGACACUGAGAUGUCUUAAUGUUUCAAGUGAGAAGAGACCAACAAUGAGUUAUGUUGUGACAGAAUUGGAGAGAAUAUUGGACAAAGAAGUGAGCUUAACAACAGUAAUGGGUGAAGGUACUCCAACUGUUACUCUUGGAAGUCAGCUUUUUAAAUCAUCAAAUUGAUGAAAAACUAGAAUCAUCUUUACAUUUAUAUUUAUAUAUAAGUUCUCUGAGACAAAACUAAUCAGAGAUCUUAAGAAGAUUGAAGAUUGAUCAGCUGGUGUUGUACAAACAACAGCUGAACUAUUAUUAUUAUUCGUUUGUUUGUUUUUUAUUUUCCAUUUUUACUUCCUUUGAAUGUUAUUUUCAGCAAAUUAUUUUUUGACAGUGAGUGCAGAAAAUAUAACUUUGUAAAAACAUUAUUUAUUGAUAAUAUAAAGGAAGCAAAGAGUGGAAUUUUUGUGUGA